GUACGAAAAUAAUCUGUACGUAAAUAAUCAUCGGUAAUUAGUCGCAAUACAUAACAGACUUUAAAUUUAAACGUUAUAUUAAACAUUACAGAUUUUUACUCCCACCUAUUCCUCUUUCGCCCCACUCUUUUCUCUCUUUUUCCAUUCCAGUAGUUAUAUAGCCCAGUCGAUGUUUCAUCGAUGUCAGUGUUAAUCAAACUCACGUGUAAAAUAGAGAAAGAAUUUCAAAAUUCUUCGGCCAUUGUACUUGCAAUUAUUGGUAAAAAAAGUGUAAUAAAAAGUGCCAUCAAUUUAAAUAAAAAUGUAAAAAGUAAAGGAAUUGAUUGGGAUCUUGUUACAGAAUAUGAUCGAAAGAUAGAAAAUGAUUUACAGAAAGAAUUGUUAAAUAAAUAUCCGAAUCACAGAUUUAUUGGUGAAGAAACGACUGCAGAAAAAAAUUGUUUACCAAAAUUAACCGAUGAACCAACGUGGAUUAUAGAUCCCAUAGAUGGUACAACAAAUUUUGUUCAUCAGUUUCCACACACGUGCAUUUCUUUAGCAUUAAUAAUAAAUAAAUCGAUAGAAAUUGGAAUAGUCUAUAAUCCUUUAAUGAUGCAAUUUUUCUCUGCAAAAAGACAGAAAGGAGCUUUUUUAAAUGGUCAUCGUAUAAAGACAUCAAAAAUAACAGAUUUGUCUGAAUCAUUGAUAGCAAUGGAACCAUGGAUUGCCAAAAAUCCAAAUUAUUUAGUUAAUAUAUACGCUAGAAUGCAUGCUUUAAUUCAAAGAACUCAUGGAAUAAGAUCAUUGGGCACAGCUGCACUUACAUUGUGUUAUGUUGCAAUGGGUGCAAUUGAAGCAUAUCAUGUUGAAAGUAUAGAUGCUUGGGAUGUUGCUGCAGGAAAAUUAAUAAUAGAAGAAGCAGGAGGCACGGUAAUAGAUACUGCAGGUGGAGAAUUAGAUUUAAUAACACCAAGAGUUAUAGCAGCUUGCAAUCAUCAAAUUGCUGAUCAAUUGGUUAAUCUCUUUAAAACCGCUGAUUUAAAAACUGUCAUUAAAAAUUUUAAAUAAAUCUUUUUAAGUUACAAAUACAUGAUAUUCAGAUCAUUAUCGAAUAA